UGACAAUUUCUAGAUUUCACCUCCAUUAGCCAUUAACUGGAAAAACAAGAAAGUACCUAACUGCAGAAUCAUUCAGUCAGCAGCAGCAGAAGAAGAAGAAAGAAGAAGCAGAUGAUGGCAGCAGUGGCCUCUUCUCAGCAAAGCUUCCUUAUUAACAUCCUCAGUUCAACCUACAAACCUCAGAGGAGUUUGUUCCUAAAACAGGGCAACCUUAUCUCCUGCAAACACCCAGCACAAGAUGAUGAUGACCGCAAGUUAUGGUCUUCAAGAGGUGAGAAGAAUCAGCUAGCAAAGUUGGCAAUGGUGGCACUAGCAGCAGGGGUCCUGACGUUUGGAUCAGUUGGGGAUGCAUCAGCUGCUAAGAGCGGUGGGAGAGUCGGCGGGCAAGCUUUCCGUUCGUCAGCCCCUAAGGCUUCUGCCCCGAGAGGCAACUCCAGGACGAACAUUUACAUUAAUCCGCCAGUUGCCCCGCCAUUGGUGGGCGGGUACGGGUAUGGUUAUGGGGUGCCCUUCUACGGUGGCUGGGGCUGGUCACCUUUUUCGUUCUUCGCCCCGGGUCCCAGUGUUGCAGUUGGCAUCGGAGGUGGUUUCGACCUUUUGGCCCUUUUCUUAUUUCUCGGUGCUGUAGCUGCUGUUGUCAGGAGAUUCUUUGGGUCCAGGAACGAAGAAGAUGAUUACUAGACAAGGAUGUUCUUAGUUGCAACGAAUUUGUACUUAAUAUCUUAUAGUUAAAGUGGUUGUCAUGAUACAUUUACACAACUUGAAGAGGCAUUAAGGUACCCAAGCACAUAGAUAACUAUGUAAAACAGUUGAUUCGGGAUGAUAAGAGAUUUUGUAAUUACGCUAUUAACUAGGAAUGGUGGUUGAGGGAAAGCAAAUUUGUUUACA